CGCCUAACAGACUUACAGUAUUUGACCACUUGUGCUCCUUACCUUGCAAUCUCUCUCUCUUGUUCUCGAUAACGUCUCUUUCCCUGUCUGCUCCGAUAUUUUUGUCUUUUGAGCGUGACCAAAGACUUUAUCCAGUCCCACGUGCGCAAUCAUUCAAAAUGCGUUCACGCGGGGAUUGGGCUUCGUUAGAAGGCAUAGCCACUAGCUUGCUUGAUGGCAGCCCUAUCGCGAUUGCCAUCACAGUCUUCAUCGCAUUUGGACUCCCCGUCCUAUUGCAUCUUCUCUUCUACCGGACAGUUGCAUCUCCGCCAUCUAGCAAUUUCUUGCUUUUGGGUCCCCACGGGGCUGGAAAAACCGCUCUCUUGACCCUGCUUGAAUCAAAGUCGCUAUCUACUGCCCGUAAAGACACUCGAGUCACUCAUACAUCGCAAACAUCCACUACGGCUAUCAUCAGUCUCCCCGCCUCGGUGCCGACCGCAUCGAAUCGCUACAGGUCGGUGAAUGACACUUCGCUGAAGGAAAUUGCCAAGAACCCGGUGAAAUAUCGCUUGAGGGACACUCCUGGUCAUGGCAAACUCCGAGAAUCUCAAGGUAUCUCGCAAUUGCUCUCCAUGUCGAUGUCAAAGGAUGCGAAGUCAAAGUUACGUGGUGUGCUGUAUGUGGUAGACACUGCAGUACUCGCUCAACCCGAAACACUACGGGAUACCGCAAAUUAUCUAUAUGAUGUGCUCUUAAUCCUUCAAAAACGUGCUUUCCAUAGUGGAAGGAAGGCAGCGUCUGAGGUUCCUGUACUUGUCGCCGCCAACAAGCAAGACCUUUUCACAGCAUUGCCGCCUGCAUCAGUGCGGGAAAAGUUAGAGGAUGAGAUUAAUAGACUCCGGAACUCUCGAACCAACAAACUUUUGGAUGCUAGUGUUGAACUUGGCGUUGCUGAUGGCGAGGACGACAUCCUGGGCAGCAGCAACCCCCACGACAAAUUUUCGUUUCGGUCUUUGAAGGAUGAAGUCGGUAUAGCAGUAGACGUUAUCGGAGGAGCGGUUAUGGGUGAUGAAGAGAGCAGUCUUGGAGCCGGGGUGCGCAAAUGGGAGGAAUGGAUUGGUCAGUGCCUGUAGGUCAUAUAACUGCAAAGUUCGAAUCUGGCCAUUGCUCGCAGAGUGAGUUAGUCUCAGGCGUGACAUGAGUUAUGGGACAUGAGGUACCAGGCGCGUAAUGGGAUGAUAAGAACAGCCUUGCGUUCUUUCUGCAUGCAUACGUAUGUGUUUCUCUCUCUAUGUUCGGUUUGAGUCCAUUGGUAACACCAAAAUAUAAGGCACAAAAAUCAUUGUGAAAGUUUUC